AUGGGAUGGGAAUUUGGUCCAGACUGGAUGGAGUUGACUCAAGAAUGUCUCCUCGACAUCUUCUCACGGCUGAGCCUAGAAGAAAGAUGGACCGGACCGAUGUUCGUCUGCAAGACUUGGAUGAACGGGUGCCAAGACCCGUCGCUCAACUUGGUCUUCGAUCUCGAAACCAAUUUCCGGUCUCUCCCUGGUUCUGUCAGCUGUUGGUGGAGUCCCGAGUUCGGGGACAAAAUCGAUUCUGUCCUCCGGUCUGUUGUGGAUUGGAGCCAAGGCGGUCUAAAGGAGGUUCGAGUCAGGCAUUGCACGGAUAGCUCUAUCUCGUACGUCGCCCAGAGGUGUCCUAAUCUCGAGGUACUUUCGGUUAAGUAUUGCCCUAAGGUUACAGAUGACUCGAUGUUGAAGAUAGCCUUAAUGUGCCCUAAGCUCAAGGAACUUGAUAUUAGCUUCUCCUACAAAAUAUCUUGUGUGUGUGUGGAUAUGCUGGGCAAGAGCUGCAAGAACAUUCAGACUUUUAAACGGAAUUUGAUAGAUCCAGCCGAGGUCACGAGGUCCGUGCCUAGUAACUAUCUGGAGGAUCCAUCUCUCUUCUUGAUAUAUGGGAAUAUUGAUGCUUAUGUAAUUGGGAAACACAUGGAUCAGCUGAAACACCUGGAACUUCGAUUCUCCACAUUGUCUGAUAAUGGUCUUGCCCAACUUUGUGAAGGAUGUUUGAAUCUAGAGUAUCUGGACUUGUUUGGGUGUAGUAAGUUGACUAGCGAUGGUGCUACUGAUAGUAUCUCAAAAUUAAAGCAUUUGAAGGAGAUCAAGAAACCAAAUUUCCCAGCCUUUAUCAUUUGAUUGAGUUCGUAUAA